CUUAGAGCUUGACAAACUUCAACAUUGACUAUUAUUUUGGAACAUCUAAACCAAUACUUUUACCUCUACCACCCCCCCAAAAAUAUAAACCCAACAAAUUCCAACUAUGGCAGCGCACAUAACCUCGCCUAAUGAGCCAUUUCCACGGCCGGACGACAUCGCGCAAGCGACAACAUCACACCGGCAAGGCUCAUUCAUAAUCUCAACGCGAAAACUGCCCAUUUCUAAAGCCGGCCCUAUCGAAGCUUUAGAGCAAGAGCUAGGCAUCCCCGUACCCGAGAUGAUCUUCGGCGACAACCUCGUCUCCGUGCGCCACGUGCCCUCCGGCUGGGCUGUCGAGUUCAACGCUCGCGAUGCUUUAGAUGCCGUGGACAAGACCGAUCGGAAUAUGCUCCAGGUUGCUUACGCCAAGAGCUGGUCUGCCAGUCGCGAGCAGACCAGCGCCGGCAUCAAAGAUGUAGUUAGGCCGUACGAUUGGAGCUACAGCACCACGUACCGGGGCAGCGUCGUCCCCCCGUCGUCCCGAGCUCCCCCGCCGCCGCUAGGUCCAGCAGCUGCCGAGGACGACAGCAACACGGGGGAAUCCAAGGAAUCAAGCGAGCAGACAGCAGAAACAGCCCGAGACAGCAAAUUCGACUUCAAGCCUUCAAAAAACCCCAUCCCAAUCGAACUUCUAAAACGCCGCGACCCCAUCCUCUUCUUCGACGAGGUCAUGCUGUACGAGAGCGAACUCGACGACAACGGAAUCAGCGUCCUCAGCGUUAAGCUGCGCGUGCACGAGCGGCGCAUGCUGCUGCUAGCUCGCCUCUUCAUGCGUCUAGAUAACGUCGUCGUGCGCGUCCGCGACACGCGCGUGUACGUUGAUUUCGCGGCCGAGGAGGUCACGCGCGAGUACACGGCGAAGGAGCUGGGGUUCGAAGAUGUUAAGCGGAAACUGCUCAUGACGGGCCUGGUGCCCGACGCUGUGACGAUAGCGUUACGUGACGCUAAUAAGAUCGUCGACUUGCUUCCUACGGUGGAGCAGACUUUGGAAAGCGUCUCGCUGAGACCGUAGACAUUAGAUACGGAUGGGAUCAUCUUGAAUCUCGAGAGCUUAUUUCUAAGGAUUGGAUUUGGCCGAUUGGGGGCUAUAAGAGGAAUGAACAGACAGACGGGUUUAUGAAUUCUACGAAAUGCAUGGUUUGGCGUUUGCGGAGUUGGGCACGAGUAGAGCUUUGGCUUCCGAGAGGUAUACGUCCACAAGUAAACGGGUUGAUACACGAUCAUACGCUCCGAAGG